UCACCGGCCUGUCGGGAAACGUCCAGCAACCAAUCGAAGCGCGCCGGGGAUUUAUCUGUGCUCGUCCGACUCUGAAGACACUGUCCACACAAACAAACCAAAAAGUGCAAACACCUGCUGAGGGAGACGCGUCACUGACCAUCACUCGAUCGUCCCCGGAGUGCCGCCGCCGCCGCCGCGCGUGCACCGGGACCCCGGCGAUGACGCGCGCGGCCGCUCACGCGUCGCAGUGGCCGUUCCAGCGGUGCCACAUAGCGGCGGCGUCCGUCCCCGCCUGGCGCUCCGUGCUGCUCGCGUCAUGCUUGGUCAUGGUCCUGUCCGUGUCCAUGUACCCCGGGCUGUGGUCCAUCGGGGUCCGCCUGUGCUCAGUCUUCACGGGCAGCUACGUGCACGGCCACCACUCGGUUGUUCUCAUCAACAGUCCCAACGCGCAGGCGGCCAAGGACAUCGGCAGGGCGAUCAUGGCGAGGCGGCUGGCAGCCAGCGUUAACAUCCUCUCCAAGACCUCGACAAUGUACUAUUGGAAAGGAGACAUCCAGGAGGCCAGUGAAGUGCUGAUGCUGGUGAAAACAAAGACCUCCCGGAUUCAGCACGUCACGGAUUGCGUGAGGUCCCUCCACCCUUACGCAAACCCAGAGGUCCUCAGCUUCCUGGUGGAGGACGGCAGUCCGCCGUACAUGAAGUGGAUGGAUGAAGCCGUUCCGGAGGACUGAUGACCAGUCGGAGACCAGGCCGGUCUCUGCGUGGGCGUCGGCCCAACGAGGAGGCGGAGCCAUGCGGGCGGCGCUGAUUAGCAGGGCUUCUACGUUUGAUUUCAGUCCUUCGAAGGAGCUUUUGAACCACAGUUAGAAUUUACUCGAUGGACUGGCAGGUGACAGUCUGCAUUUUAUGACCGGAUGCUUCUAACAAAGUCUCUCUUUCGACUCGUCAGUUUUAAGGCAAAGUAUAUUUAUCUGUAGCUGACAUGUGUAAACUGACACAUGCACAAUUCAUUUAAAUAGAAGACGAUGGAGCCAUGAUGUUACAAUCCAACGUGAUCCUGUUUAAGAGAUAAUGGCUUUAGUAAGUGAGUUGAAUUAGUGUUUAAAUAUAACCAUCACAAACCUUUACAAAGGAAUAAAAAAGGGUUUGGUCCAAUACAAGCAUUCAAAUUAAUAAACAUAGCACAAAGAUGCUGUGACUCACCACUCUGUCAGGCAUUUACUGCUUGCACCUUAAUGCUACAUUCACAUUGCUCCAUCUCUUUUAUAGAUAACCCUCUAUCCUCUAUUUAAUCCUGUAAUAGCAAGAAUCUUCACGUAUUUGCAUUUGAUUGAACAAGCCCUCUCGCUCUGCUUUACUUUCAUUUAAGAUGGUAUCACUUAUGUAUGCAACACUAAGAUGAAAAUAGGUUCUGCUUUUUGAUGGCAUGACUAUACAACCCUGAUGAAUAUCGGAAUAAAGUAAUUGGUACAACAGUCAUGUCACUACUGAGGAUGAAUUAAAAAAAUGGAUGCGACUGGCUGCACUUGAAGAAGUGAUGCUGAUCUCAGCACGUCUGCCCUUGAAUAAAACAUCCCUGAUCUCCACAGGACGGG